CCACGUGUCCACAUCCGCGGGCCGGACAGAAAGUAGGGCGGUGUAUUCACACCGGGCACGCCGCGUCACGAGUCCAACUGGAGAACUGUGGCCGUCCCCUGACCGGCUGACCGGUGUGCGGCUCUUAGGGGUGGGGGGGGGUUGCGCGCGCGCACCGGUCCGGCUCUCCUCCGGGCGACAUGACGCUUCCGGACGCGCGGAUGUGGACGCUGUUCAGGCGCAACGUGCAGCCCACGGCCACCUACUGGAGCGUGUUCUUCAGCUUCGGCCUGUGCGUGGCCUUCCUGGGCCCCACCAUCCUGGACCUGCGGUGCCAGACCCAGGCCAGCCUGCAGCAGAUCACCUGGGUGUUCUUCUCCCAGCAGUUCUUCCUGCUGCUGGGCAGCGGCGUGGGGGGGCUUUUCGAUCAAACCGCCGUGUCCACCUUGUUUGCCCUCUUCGUCUCGUCUCUGGUCAUCUCGCUUGUGUUCGCCUUCAUACCCUUCUGCCACGAUGUGAUGCUGCUGUAUGUCACCAUGGCGACGGCUGGCUUAGCCAUGGGGGUGAUCGACACUGUGGCUAACUUGGAGCUGGUGAAGCUGUACCAGAAAGACUCGGCCAUCUUCCUGCAGGCUUUGCAUUUCUUCAUAGGCCUGGGGGCGCUGGUCAGCCCCCUGGUGGCCGACCCCUUCCUGUCGGACAGCAACUGUGUCCUGGGGGCGAACUGGACCGCCAACGCCUCGUCCCGGUCAGACCUGCAGCACCUGCGGGACAGCCUGGCGGGGCCGGGGGCCGGCCUGCUGAACACCUCGCAGUACCCCCUGCACACCGAGGGGCUGGUGGUGACCCGGGUGUCCUACGCCUUCUGGAUCAUGGCUCUGCUCAACCUUCCUGUGCCGUUAGCGGUGCUGGCGUUGAUGUCCAGAAAGAGGCUCCUGCCCUGUUCCAGCAGCAGUCCCCGCCUGCUGGACACUGACCCCCCCGCUGACCCUGAUGUAGACAGUGGACACGGACACGGAAAUGUGUUUGAUUGCUGUAAACCCGCCAAACUGCGAGGUCACCCGCCCACUUUCUUCAUCCUCCACGCUCUGGGGGGCGCCAUCGUGUUCAUCACUGACGGAAUCAUAGGCUCCUACGCGGGCUUCGUCUACACCUACGCCGUGUCCCCGCCCCUGCUCAUGAGCCACAAGGCUGCCGGAUCCCUGGACAGCAUCUUCUGGGCCUCCAUCACAGCGGGAAGGCUGGCCUUCAUCUACCUCUCCUACAGAUACGCAGCCCCCCUGCUGCUCACCGUCAGCCUGGCGGGGGUGAUUCUGGUGCAGUGCCUGUUGUUGGUCUGCUACGCCAGCUGUGCGUUUCUCUUCGUGGGCACGUGCGUGCUGGGGCUGUGCAUCAGCAGCGUGCUGCCCUCCAUGCUGGCCUUCUCUGAGGACAUGUUCCACUACCACGGUAACAAAACAAACAAUCAACACGUCAUCCACAGCCGGGGCAGCUACUCCUUCCUGCUGUGCUCCGCCGUGGCGUCCUUCAUCGGCCUGGGCCUGUUCCUGCUGCUGCUCUACGUCCACCGCCUCCACACUGCGCCUAACGUCCAGCCGCUGCCCAGCCCGUCUGGACAAAUUUACAGCAAUGUUAUAUAA